AUGACAAGUUCAAAAGCAAUGUCACUAAUUGAUCUUUAUAGAAACACUGAAGACAAUGUCACUGAUUUACUAAAUUCAAUUGGAAGUGUUCCACCAUCCAUUGUUGAUGCACAUUUUAGAAUUGACUGUCGUAUUAUGUUAAAUACAGAUGAUAAAACUGAUGACAUUUAUAAUAUUUGUCUUGUUGUUAAAAAUUACGAAGAAAUAAAACAUGUUAUAUUUAGCUGUUCGAUAUUUCAACUACAAGAAUUAUUAAAUAAAUUACGUGAUGCUGCUAGACAUCUAGAAAAAAUUGCUUGAUAUAAUUAACAAAAAAUGAAAUUAAUUAAUUUAAUUGUUAAAAUUAAAAAUACAAACAUUUAAAAGAACAAAAAAAUAAUUCAUUAUAGUUUUUAAUUUAUAUAUUAACUUUGAUUAUUAUAUAAUUAUAAUGACUUGAUAUUAAAUAUAAUUUUUUUUCCAAUAUUAAAA